ACUGCUACUCACCACCCGAGGCGCUGAAUCAGUUGUGAAGAUUUUUUUGCGAAUGAAAGUGCUGUAGUGAAAAAUAAAAACAAACCUGAGAAAAGUGUUUAUUUUGCAGAAAAUUCAGGGAAAAUGGGAGUUUUUGUGCACAUAUCUUGUCUAUUGAUAUCCCUACUGUGUAUCGCCAAUGCCCAGAGGAUUACGGAUAAAAUGUUCAGCAAUAUCGUAGGGACGAGUUGCUUCCGUCGGCUCAAUGCCACUCACUCCACAGGAUGUAGCUCGACUUUUCGGGGUUCCCAAGGGGUGAUUCAUGUUGUUAAGACACAGGAGGACUUUGAAUUUCUCUUCAAUAAUCCCCCUUCCCCUCCCUAUGCCCCUGUAAUUCCUCCCUAUCUUUUUACGCGAGAGAAUAUCAUGAGGCUCAAAGUGAAUGCUUCACAUGUUGUUUCGGGAGUUGUCCUGACGGCUUCUGGCCAGAAUUUAAAGUCCUUUAGCCAUGAAUCGAGGUGUCCCAAUCAAUUUGGCGGUCUGAUACAGGAUCAGACGUGCAGUGUUAGUGAUCCAGAGGGGUCAUGGAAUCCGUUUGGGACGGGAUUGCUGCAGGAAAACUUUCCCUUUCCCAUUUUUUUCCUGUCCAGUGAGAAAGAAGUGAAGAAGAUCACUGAAUGCUUUGAGAAGUUUAAUAAUUUUGACAUUGGGGGGCAGCAUCAGAGAUCUCUGUGCAGUAUUGAGAUCAAUGCUUUCAUGUCAGCAGCUGUUAAUUCCCAAGUCUGCAUGAGACGCUCAAAUAUGAUGAAUAAUCUCAGUCCUACGACAUUCUGUGAUCCCCUUCAGGGAAGGAAUGUCUUUGCCACCCUGUUUCCCAGGGAAAUUGUGGCACCUGAUAAGCGACAGGUUGAUCCGGAAGAGGAAAUAAUUGUAGUGUCAGCGAGAAUGGACACAGCUUCGAUGUUUGACGGAGAAGGAGCCGGAGCAAUGGGAUCCCUCGUUCCCUAUGCAGUCCUCAUGCAGACAGCUCAUCUCCUGGCCAAGUUACUGCCCCAAAAACCCGAAACCCAAACAAAUGUCCUCUUUAUCCUUUUCAAUGGGGAAUCUUUCGACUACAUCGGAUCCCAGAGAUUUGUCUGGGAUCUCCAACAUGGAGAAUUCCCCUAUAAAAGCCAUCAGACCAAACCCCUUUCUCUGGACAACAUAAAAUUCCUCGUAGAUCUCGGAGUGAUGGACACUCUGAAUCUACUGAACCUGUACCAUGCCACAGACUUUCCCUGGGCAUCACAAUUUGGUCAACUAAUGACCAAAUACAGCUCCAAAUUCGACAUGAACAUCACAACGAUCAAUCGAAUGCAGGGAAAUCUCCCUCCGACCUCCGGCCAGAGCUUCCUCCGGGAAAAUCUCAAUUUUCCCGCUGUUGUGGUCAAUUCUCCGCCCACAAAUCGCUUCUAUCACUCAAUCUUUGACGAUGAGUUCAACAUCAACUACAUCUACGCCAAUACCUCGAAAAACUUCCUCACUCUCGAGGAUCUCAAAUCACCUUCAGCUCACUUCACUAAUGACUCAAUCCAAAUCGGUAUCCGGAAUAUCGCUUCAAUCCUCGGUUUCAGUCUCUACGAGAUGAUAACAAAAAAGGAAUACGAAGACACUCUAGGAGCCAGUGCUGUCUAUUCUGAUGAAUUUCUCUACUGCUUCCUCAUUUCUGCCCAGUGCCCUAUCCUCAAUGCCAUUGUCACAGACAAUGCCACCCUCUAUCCCUAUCCUCCACCAAGAUACAUCUCUGUCCAUCGCACCAGUAACCAGAGAUCCGUGAUCUACACUCACGGCAUCUUCGGACUCACCGUUGGGCAGAAACUCGAUGGCGUGGCACGGGAAAACUGCACAAUCCCACCAAGGAUCUGGUAUCCGGGAUUCGGGAGGCAUGGGGAGUGCCAUCUGACGACACAGAACAUCAGCUUAGCCAUCAGCCCAGCCUUCAAGGACACCAACUACAAUUGGACGUCCGGAAGGUAUUCCACGUGGACAGAAUCAACGUGGAGCGCCAUCUCGGCGAGGAUCUUCCUAAGGCCAUCGACUCACCACGAGGCCCUCACUCUUGCCCUCGGACUCACCAUCAUGGUGCUGUCCUUUGUGGCCGUCUUUGUCAUUAAUACCAAAUCCGACGUUCUGUUCGGCAACAGUCCGUCCUCAGAAGUGAUCUCCACUCCUGCGCGAUGUUAAAGCCUCUCCAUGAGAUUUCCUCCUCUUUGUCCCAAUCAAAGACUGGUUUGCGGUAUUUUAAUCUUCAUUCCCAUCAUUACUACAGCCCCCUCAAUAACUUCCGGGCGUAAAUAAAUUAUGCAUUUAACCCAAGACUAACUGGGCAGAUAUUCUGGAAGCUUUUGAAGAAUGAGGCAGUGUGACAAUAUUUAAAUAAAAUAUUUAUUGCACAUUGA